AUGGUCCGCAACUAUGGCAUGGAAGAGCCUCUCUUCGUGAUUGUCAUCACCUUCCUCGCCCUGGCAUGGGUCACUUGUUGUCUCCGCGCCUGGGCCAAGCUCGUCGUCCUCCGCAAAGUCACGGCCGAUGACUACCUCAUGCUCUGCGGAAUGGUCUUCUACACCGGGUACGCGGCGUCCGCUCUCUACGGAGUGACACAUGGAAUCGGCACACUCGGCGAGGGCAUGUCACUUGAGGAAGCAUCGAUCGGCCUGCGUGCUUGGUGGCUCUGCGAGAUGCUAUACGCGCCCGUCACACUCUGCGUCCGCACAUCGGUGGCCGUGUUCCUCCUUCAGAUCGCUGUCCAACGCGUUCAUCGCCGCACCAUCAUCGCCGUGAUAGUAGCCUUUUGGGUUGUUACAAUCCCCCUUUUCUUCGUGGCCAUUUUCCAAUGCCGGCCCAUCUCCUACUUCUGGAUGCAACCCUUCCCAAGCGUCCCGCGCGGCACCUGCGUGGACGGGCGAGUCAUAUAUAUAGUGUCUGUUGUGCACUCCGUCACAAGUGCCUGCUGUGACUGGACACUCGGCAUCCUCCCUGUUUUCAUGCUCUGGAAGGUGCGACUCAACGUGAAGACCAAGCUCUCACUCUUUAUGCUCCUUAGCAUGGGCGUUUUCGCUGGCAUAGCUCUCAUCGUUCGAGUCGUCUACGUCCGGCCAUUUGAGGUUUCUAUCAACUUCCUCUUCGAGACCCUGUGCGUGCCACUGUCUGCUCACAGGACACACUCUUUCCUCCAGAUCCUAACAUAA